UAUCGGCAAAGCUGAAAGCCCGCAUCCUGGCGCAGGCAUGCAAUGAUGAGAACCCGCGGAUGGGCACCUCCGCAUCCAAUCACAGCCUCCUCCACAUUCGAGGAGGAUAAUAUAUCAAUCAUCAUCGUCGCCGCCGCCGCGGCCUCCUCCUCCUCCUCCUCCUCUUCUCCCUCCGUCGCCUCAAAUCCCCACGGAGGGAGAGAGAGGCCGAGCGACGCGGAGGAGCGGAUUCACUAAUGGCGACGACGACUAUAGAGAUAGGGGAUCGUGAGGAGAAUUCUCCUCGCGAUGUCGACGGGACACUCGACGAUACGGCGCAUCAGAUAAGCCAUGAUCCGUGGUAUCAGGUGGGGUUCGUGCUGACGACGGGGGUGAACAGCGCAUACGUGCUGGGAUAUGCGGGCUCAAUCAUGGUGCAUUUGGGUUGGAUAGCAGGUACAACCGGCUUGCUUCUCGCCGCAGCAAUAUCCCUCUAUGCCAACGCUCUUCUAGCUCGUCUCCAUGAAGUCGGCGGCAAGCGCCAUAUUCGCUACAGAGACCUUGCCGGCUACAUCUACGGCAGAAGAAUGUACGCUUUGACGUGGGCGUUGCAGUAUAUUAACCUCUUUAUGAUCAACACUGGAUUUAUCAUUCUAGCUGGCCAGGCGCUGAAGGCAAUAUACAUCCUCUACAGGAAUGACGGUCUUCUAAAGCUUCCUUACUGCAUAGCAAUUUCUGGCUUUGUUUGUGCUCUGUUUGCCUUUGGAAUACCGCAUUUAUCAGCUUUGAGAAUUUGGCUUGGAUUUUCGACUUUUUUCAGCUUGAUAUACAUCUUUACGGCAUUCGUGCUCUCUACCAGGGAUGGGAUAAACGCUGCUCCUCGUGAUUACAGCAUCCCAGGGUCACAUAUCAGCAAGAUUUUUAACACCAUUGGUGCUCUUGCCAGUCUUGUUUUUGCUUACAACACGGGAAUGCUACCAGAGAUUCAGGCAACAGUAAGACCACCAGUCGUUAGAAACAUGGAGAGAGCACUAAUAUUUCAAUUCACAAUUGGUUCUUUGCCUUUGUAUGCUGUCACCUUUAUGGGAUAUUGGGCUUAUGGGUCUUCAACUUCAACAUAUCUCCUCAAUAGCGUCAGCGGUCCACUCUGGGUUAAAACAGCGGCAAAUGUUGCAGCCUUUCUCCAAACAGUUAUUGCUUUACAUAUCUUUGCUAGUCCAACAUACGAAUACCUGGAUACAAAGUAUGGGAGAGGAAAAGGGGAUGCAUUUUCCUUACACAAUCUUUCAUUUAGGAUCGUUGUGAGGGGCGGCUACCUUACUGUAAACACAUUAGUAGCUGCUUUGUUACCAUUUCUCGGAGACUUCAUGAGCCUGACGGGAGCCUUGAGCACAUUCCCUCUCACAUUUGUACUGGCUAAUCACAUGUACUUGAAGGUGAAGAAGAGUAAGCUAUCGACGCUGCAGAAGACAUGGCACUGGCUUAACGUUGUAGCCUUUGGCUGCUUAUCGGUAGCUGCCGCAGUUGCUGCUGUGAGACUCAUCGUGGUUGAUUCCAAAACCUAUCAUGUCUUUGCUGAUCUUUGAGUUCUUUUCUGGUAAAUUUAUCUUCAAUCAGGUCAUCAGAUAUAUUGUAGGUUCAGCUACGCAUUUAGUCUUCCUGCUCAAUUUUUCUCGACCCUUGUCUGUCGACUAUGUGGGAAACUAUUAUCAAAUUCAUAGUUAUUAUUAUUCAAAUUAAUUGGCAAUAUCUCUUGCCUCUCUCA